CAGGUCGGUGAGGCGGGCGGCCACGACUUCCAGACAGGCUCGGGCGGCCAAGUCCCUCGCGGCGUCCGGCACUGCCCCGGCCCCCUCGGCCUCCGGCGGCGAGGCGGGGGAGUGAGGAGAUGCCGACCCAGAGGGACAGCAGCACUAUGUCCCACACAGUCGCGGGCGGCGGCGGCGGGGACCAUUCCCACCAGGUCCGGGUGAAAGCCUACUACCGCGGGGACAUUAUGAUAACACACUUUGAGCCUUCCAUCUCCUUUGAGGGACUUUGCAGUGAGGUUCGAGAUAUGUGUUCUUUUGACAAUGAACAGCCGUUCACCAUGAAAUGGAUAGACGAGGAAGGAGAUCCGUGCACAGUGUCUUCUCAGCUGGAAUUAGAAGAAGCUUUCAGGCUCUAUGAACUGAACAAGGACUCUGAGCUCUUGAUCCAUGUAUUUCCUUGUGUGCCAGAACGUCCUGGAAUGCCUUGCCCAGGAGAAGACAAGUCCAUCUACCGCAGAGGGGCCCGCCGGUGGAGGAAGCUUUAUUGUGCAAAUGGUCACACUUUUCAAGCCAAACGUUUCAACAGGCGUGCUCACUGUGCCAUCUGCACAGACAGAAUCUGGGGACUUGGACGACAAGGAUAUAAGUGCAUCAAUUGCAAACUGUUGGUUCAUAAGAAGUGCCACAAGCUUGUCACAAUUGAGUGUGGGCGGCAUUCUUUGCCACCGGAACCGAUGAUGCCAAUGGACCAGUCAUCCAUGCACCCAGACCACGCACAGACAGUAAUUCCAUAUAAUCCUUCAAGUCAUGAAAGUUUGGACCAAGUUGGUGAAGAAAAGGAGGCGACGAACACCAGGGAGAGUGGAAAAGCGUCAUCGAGUUUAGGUCUCCAGGAUUUCGAUUUGCUGCGCGUUAUAGGGAGAGGAAGUUAUGCCAAAGUACUGUUGGUUCGAUUAAAAAAAACAGAUCGCAUUUAUGCAAUGAAAGUUGUGAAAAAAGAGCUCGUCAAUGAUGAUGAGGACAUUGACUGGGUGCAGACGGAGAAACAUGUUUUUGAGCAGGCGUCCAAUCACCCUUUUCUUGUUGGACUGCAUUCUUGCUUCCAGACAGAAAGCAGGUUGUUUUUUGUUAUAGAGUAUGUAAAUGGAGGGGAUCUAAUGUUUCAUAUGCAGCGACAAAGAAAGCUUCCUGAAGAACAUGCCAGGUUUUACUCUGCAGAAAUCAGUCUAGCACUGAAUUACCUUCAUGAGCGAGGAAUAAUCUAUAGAGAUUUGAAGCUGGAUAAUGUGCUGCUGGACUCUGAAGGACACAUCAAACUGACUGACUAUGGCAUGUGUAAGGAAGGAUUACGGCCUGGAGAUACAACCAGCACUUUCUGUGGAACUCCCAAUUACAUUGCUCCUGAAAUUUUAAGAGGAGAAGACUAUGGCUUCAGUGUUGACUGGUGGGCUCUUGGAGUGCUCAUGUUUGAGAUGAUGGCCGGAAGAUCUCCUUUUGAUAUUGUUGGGAGCUCUGAUAAUCCUGAUCAAAAUACAGAGGACUAUCUAUUCCAAGUUAUUUUGGAAAAGCAAAUUCGCAUACCACGUUCUCUGUCUGUAAAAGCAGCAAGUGUGCUGAAGAGUUUUCUCAACAAGGACCCAAAGGAGCGGCUGGGCUGCCACCCUCAAACUGGCUUUGCUGACAUCCAAGGACACCCGUUCUUCCGGAAUGUGGACUGGGACAUGAUGGAGCAGAAGCAGGUGGUGCCGCCCUUUAAACCAAACAUUUCUGGAGAAUUUGGUUUGGAUAACUUUGAUUCCCAGUUUACAAAUGAACCAGUCCAGCUCACUCCAGAUGAUGAUGACAUCGUGAGGAAGAUCGAUCAGUCUGAAUUUGAAGGUUUUGAGUAUAUCAACCCUCUUCUGAUGUCUGCAGAAGAAUGUGUCUGACCCUCGCUUUUCAGCUGUUCAUUUGCUUCCUGCCAUUUAGUGCACGGGUCAGCUGUUAGCCUGGCACCGUUAGCAUUUAUGUUGUCACCUGCAGACAUCUCUCAGGAUCCUCUUAUACAUGAUAGGACUCAUAGAGCUAAGAAAAAGAAAUUAGAGCUAGCUUCCUGACAGUCAUGUCAAACUUUAGUUACGCUUGUUCUCCAGAGUAAUGAGCAAGGAAGUUGUCUUUAGUUUGAAGGAAAUACCACAGCUUCUCAAGCAGAGCCUCUGUUGCGUUGUGACACAGGGUGGGAUUGCAUCAUCAGUGUCCCACAGUUGUCAUUUCGUGGGAAGUCAAUUGAAGGCUUAAUUGUGUAGUGGAGGGUGGCUCACAGUACAUCUCGUAUACUAGUUUCAGAGUUCCUUGAAGAAUCCUCCUAUAAAUUUUCUCAUUAGUUCGGAUAAUUAUUGAUAUUUAAAGGAACGGUUAUCAAAUUGAUACACAAUUUACUUGUUUUAUUAAGAAUUGGAUUAUAAAUUAGCUAUGUUUGAAAAAGUG